AUGGACCUGCCAUCCAUGCCUAAGGAAAAUUUAGUUGAUUUGCGACAUAUCGCUGACGGAGCGAUUAAACACAUCAAAGCAUUGGAAGCGCUCGGGCAUCCUACUUCACAUUGGGACGACUUAAUCGUGCAUGUUUUAAGCUCCAAAUUAGAUACACUCACAAUGCGAGAGUGGCAAUCGUCACUGACCGGUACAAACCCUCCUACGUUCGAGGAAUUUAACAAUUUUAUAAUCCGUCGAUGUCAAAUGCUUAAAGCCACAGGAAAAACAAUUUCUUCGUGCAACAAAAACGUUAAUAAGCAGUCCAGUUUAAAGCGUCAAGCCUCAUGUGUCGCGACGGUCAAGCCUAAAUGUAAUUUUUGUAAUGGCGAUCACGUCAUCUAUUAUUGCAAAGAUUUUUUAGCAUUAUCAGUAUCGCAGAGAAUAACGGAGAUUCGCAAUCGAAAAAUUUGCAAUUGCAUGCGUUCUUCGUCUCAUGCGUCCGCCAAAUGCACAUCAAAGGGUUGCAGAGUAUGUAACGCCAAGCACAACACGUUACUACAUUUGGCAAACAAUACAAGCGGAAUACAGGAAGUCGAAUCAACUAAGGCCAAGGAGACAAAUUCCGUAAGCUCAUCGACGACGCUGGUGAUGCACGCCUACAGCAACAGCAUUAAAAAUCACAUUAUGCUCUCAACCGCAGUAAUUAACGCUUCCCACGCCAAUGGAUCAACAAGAACUUGUGUGUUAUUGGACAAUGGGUCUCAGGCAAACUUUAUCUCAACAAAUUGUAUGAAGCUACUCGGAUUACGGUCUCGACCUCUAAAUAUUUCUAUAACGGGCAUAGGUGAUACGGCUACGAAAUCUACUCACGUAGUCAGGAUCGAAUCACAGGUGACCUUCCGGCUUUCACUAUUAAAUCCGGAGUUCAACAUUUUGUCUAGCAUUGAUAUAUUGAUUAGAGCCGAGGUAUUUUUGGAAUUAUUAUGCGUGAGACAAAUCAGGGCCUCCUCCGAACACCCGACAUUGCAAAAGAUGCAAUUCGGUUGGAUACUGGCUGGUUGUUUAAAUAAUCUACCAAUGACCACGCAUAACGUACAAUCUUUUCACGCAACUCUCACUAACAAUCAAAUGCAUGACCAAUUAUCAAGGUUUUGGGAUGAAGAGGACCCUCGUAUCGUCGCCGAGCACACCAAGGCAGAAACAUUUUGUGAGAAUCAUUUUUUGGCUAACACUUCUCAAGACUCUUAUGGCAAAUACACAGUCAAACUUCCAGUUAACGAGUCAUUGAUCAAUCAGCUUGGAGACUCAAAGAACAUAGCCUUGAAACGCUUGCGAAACUUGGAAAAACGCUUCUGUCGAGAGCCCGCAUUAAAGGAACAAUAUGCACGGUUCAUUUCCGAAUAUUUAUCCCUAGGCCAUAUGAAACAAGUAAGCGAAUUACCGAACGAACACGAGCCGUCUUAUUAUUUGCCACACCAUUGCGUGUUCAAAGGCUCAGGACCAUCGUCAAAGAUUCGCGUCGUUUUUGACGCUUCAUGCAAGAGCGCAUCGGGCGUGUCAUUAAACAAUGCCUUAAGCGUCGGCCCGGUUGUGCAACAAGAUUUAACGUCAAUCUUACUGCGAUUCCUCACCUACGGAACAUCCUCGGCAUCCUUCUUGGCCACAAGAUGUUUAAAGAAUUUGGCUGAGCGGUACGCAUCAAAAUUCCCAGUUGGGUCGACACACCUUCUGCACGAUUUCUACGUCGACGACAUGCUCACUGGAGCAGACAGCAUCCAGGAGGCCAAAUCGAUUCGAGAUGAAAUAAUACAAUUAUUGAAGCUGGGAUCGUUCGAGCUCAGCAAGUGGGCUUCAAAUCACCCACAGUUAUUAGAUUCGUUUGAUAGCCAAGGCGACAAGCCGAUCCCUAUCGAGGAUAAAACUCCCAUGUUCUGGGGAUACAAUGGAAUCAAGACGCUGACACGUCUCAUUGGUCCUACGAUAGUUAUCGCCAAAUUAAUACUUCAGGACCUUUGGAAACUGGGCGUACAAUGGGAUGAGUCUCCGCCGUUGCACAUACAUACUCGUUGGUCAACAAUCAAGUCACAGCUGGUGGAGUUAAAUCAAUUGACAAUACCGCGUCGAGUCAAGUUCGACGCCAAUCCACAGGCCAUCCAGAUACAUGGAUUCUGCGAUGCGAGCCAACACGCCUACGGAGCCUGCGUAUACAUCAAAACGGGAAGGAAUCCCAGCAAUUAUCGUGCGGAAUUGCUCUGUUCUAAAUCCCGCGUGGCGCCUUUGAAGGCUAUAUCGCUACCGCGUCUAGAACUUUCGGCGGCCCUGAUAUUGGCACGUCUCAUUGAGAGGAUCCAAGCGGCGAUAGACCUGUCGGAUAUCCAAAUAUACCUCUGGUCGGAUUUAACCAUCACUUUGAAUUGGAUAGCAUCCCCAUCUCGCAAAUGGGCUGUAUUUGUUGCCAAUCAAGUGGGAGAAAUCCAGCGAUUAACCGAGUCAAAAUGCUGGCGUCAUGUACUAUCAGCUCAGAAUCCAGCCGACAUGCUGUCACGGGGACUCAACCCUCGUGAUGUAAUCAACGCUAGUACUUGGUGGCAUGGACCAAACUUCCUUCAGCUUGAUCAAGAGCACUGGCCAAGCAGCGACUUUCCUCAGCUGGGCGAGGGCGCUCCUGAAAUGCGAAAGAUAUUCACUACCACCACUAUUGUCGAUUGUGACAUAGUCGACAAAUUGUUAAGCAAGUAUUCCAACCUGGACAAGACCUGCCGUAUUUUAGCUUACUGCUUGAGGUUUGUAAAGGCAAGCCCAAGGCAACAGACAUGUUUCAUAUCACAUGAAGAAACUUCAGCAGCAUUGCAUCUGAUGUGUAGGCUAAUUCAACGGCGCUCCUUUCCCAAAGAAUGCAAGGCGUUAACCAACAGCAAAGCUAUCAAUCUAUCUAGCAAAAUUUUAUCUUUGUCUCCGUUUAUGGACGAACAAGAAUUAGUUCGUGUAGGGAGCAGAUUGAAGAAUUCAAAUUUGUCUUUCGCGGCAUGUCAUCCUAUACUUUUACCUCGUGAUCAACAAUUAACAAAACAAAUAAUAAUACGAGAGCAUAGACGCAACAUGCAUGCAGGGACCCAAGCUACUAUGGCUGCCGUCAGACAGCAGUUCUGGCCUCUAUCUUUGAGAUUCGCUGCACGUAAAAUCAUUUUAGGUUGUGUAAAAUGUUUUAAGGCCAAGCCUACGUUUUCUGAAGCUUUAAUGGCUUCCUUGCCCGCGGGUCGCGUAACAGUUUCGAGGCCAUUCUCGCAUUGUGGAGUUGAUUACGCGGGCCCUAUAAUAUUAAAAGAGGGUAAACGUCGAAAUGCGCAAAACCAUAAGGCAUACAUAUCUCUUUUUGUUUGUUUUGCGACUAAGGCGAUACACUUAGAAGUAGUAAGUGAUCUAACCACUGAAACAUUUAUAGCCGCUUUCAAGCGGUUCAUAUUGCGUAGGGGGAAACCAUCUCACAUGUAUUCCGAUAACGGAACUACCUUCGUCGGUGCUCAAAAUCAGCUCAAGGAAUUCUUUGAAUUUCUAAAUAAAGACCGAACGCAGGACGAUGUAAAACAAUUCCUUCGUGAUCAACAAAUUAGCUGGAACUUCAUUCCUCCUCACUCGCUACACUGCGGCGGUUUAUGGGAAGCAGCGGUGAAAUCUGCGAAAUACCAUAUGACGCGCGUUAUUAGUAACGCUCAUUUGACGUUUGAGGAGAUGCAAACAGUUCUUUGCGAAAUAGAAGCAAUUUUGAACUCGCAUCCUAUCACCGCGUUAGCAUAA